AAACCAAUCAGCUGUGUUUUGUUGUGCGAAUUUGGAAAUUUAGAAAAGAUAUCUGGUCAUGGAGAUUUUAAAUGAAAGUGCUCAAAAUACUGUUAAAAAGUCUGGCAUGUCGACAGGUGGAAAACUUUUAAUCGGCUUAACUGGUGGUGUCGGUAUCGGAUUGUCCAUUGUCUGUGCUUCAUUUGUAGCUCCCGCGUUCCGAAAAUUCUGUCUUCCUUAUGUGCCGGCAACAACAGAGCAAAUACAUAACGUACUGAGUUUCUUGCCCAAGAAUGCCAGCGGAAAACUUCUAGAUAUUGGCUCUGGAGACGGACGCAUCGUUGUUGCGGCGGCACAGCAUGUUAAAGCCUUGAAAACGGAUGGUGUAGAGCUUAAUCCAUGGUUGGUCUACUACUCCCGGUUGGCUGCACUACGUCACGGCGUUGGAAAGCAAUCCCGCUUCUUUCGCCGUGAUCUCUGGAAGUUUAAUAUUAAAGAUUACAAUUAUGUGGUUAUAUUUGGCGUGGAGCAAAUGAUGCAGGAUCUGGAGCACAAACUGAUUGCAGAAUGUCCGCACAAUGCCAAGAUUAUUGCCUGCCGCUUUCCCUUGCCGCAACUGGAACCGGAGCGUAUCAUCGAGGAUGGAGUAAAUACAGUCUGGUUCUAUGAUCUAAGCAAACAAACCCGCCAUGCAGAUAAUAGUUGAUAAUAUCCAUUAAAAUAUUUAAUAUUUAGUUAUGUUUUAUUGCUUACUGUGCAUAGAGAAACUAUGUAUGUAUCUUAAGUUAAAUGCUAAAUAAUGGACAGUCGGCAUACGCAUUCCGGAGUACCCUAAACUGAUUGGUCAAUACUAGUAGAUUAUAAAAGGAGAUACACGAUAA